UGCCUUGUGAACCAGUGAAUGCGUUUGUGACUGGUGUUUGGGUUGAACAGCUGAGCAGAAGGUGACGCAGAUACAUUAUUCAGAUCCUGUACGUUUAUUUGGAUUAUAUUUCGACAAUUCACCUAAAUUAUAACAAAACUUAGCGUAAGAAAGAAUCGCAGAAACAAUGUUCAGCAGUGUAACAAGUUAUUUCUUUGGUGGAUCAACUGAGUCAGAGCAAAACGAUGUUGAUCUCCAGACAAAGCCAGCACCAGAGAAAGAUCAAGACUGGAUUCUUGUUGAUUUACCAGAGAAAUCACCUGUGCCUUCUAUAAUACAUACACCAACAUGUAGUGAUAGUGAAUCGGACAACCAACGAAGCUCAAACAAUGGUUCUCCGUGUUCUCAGGGUUCACCUGUAUCACGAUACUGUUUACAUUCUAAAAAAGGUUGUUAUAAUGAAAAUUGGAUAAUCACACCUCCACCAUGUUUUCUAGCAGGGGGAAGUAACUCAUCAAAUGUAGAGAUGACACCAAUGGAAAAUUUAUUAAUAGAACAUCCAAGUAUGUCAGUCUACAACAGUCGAUGUUCAGGCAGCACAGGUGAUGCAAGUGACUUAUCUGAAUCAUCCAACGAUGAUCAGUCGCCCUCGGCAACAAGAAAAAUCCUUCCAAGAAAAGUCAAGACUGCAAUGGCACGACAAGAUCCAAGGAAACCAAACGCAGUGGCAGCUAGAGCAGGAAUGGUAACACAGAUCCAAAUGGUCAAAAGUUCUCAAAGAUCUCUGAAACAAUCUGACAGCAAAAAACUUUCACGUCAUAAUCUACAGCGACUCAACAAAUCCUUAAACCACCAGAUUGGGGGUGGUAAACCCUACAACAAAUCAGGACGCAUUCAUUGUCCAGCUGGACGUAGCAACUCUCAGAUGAAGCACUGAUUGAACUCUUCCAGAAUUUUAGCAAUAAAUGUUAAAUUUUAGUUUUUAAGGUGUAAGUAGAUAUUUUAUUCCAAUUUGUGUAAGUUAUUUUAUUAUUGUUGACAUACACUUUGAUCCUGUUAGAUAAUGUUGUUAUUUGUAUCAAGUUUUUACAGUGUUAUGAAAUAACCUCAGUUUAAAUGCAUAACUUUAAAACUUUUGUGUAAUCUGCAGUCUAUAGUCAUUAAUUUUAAUGCUUUUUGAUCUGUAUUAAAUCUUGCAACUUAAGAAUGUAUUUUUAUUUCAUUGUCUUAGUAUGUAAUCAUUAAAUGUUCAAGUGGAAACACUUGCAUUCAUGUAAGGUUUAUUAUCAGUGAAUUAUUUUAUUUCUUGAUGUCAGAUCAGUGACAAUGUAACAUAAUUAUGCUGCAAAGACAUUUAAUAAAAGGUAUAAUUGUUGUAUAUUGUACAGAUGUAUAAAAUGAAAAGAAAUAUCUGCAUUUGUUAUUAUUUUUUUUAAAGUAUGUAAUAAUGAACAGAAUGUACAUGCAUAUUAAGGAACUCAAUAAGAACAUAAUCUACAUUUAAUGUAUUGAUUUAUACAAUGCUAAGAAAAGAUGAUUGGAAAUUUGCUUAUGAAAAUCAUAUUCAGUGUGAAUGACAAUUAAGUAUAAGCUGUACAUAUAUAUCUUGAACUACGCGUGUAACAGAUAAUUUAAAACUAAUUGAAUUUGAUGCUAAAUGUGUGCAAUAAAUAGAUUUUAUUACAAUUAAAUUCUAAUAUAUUUAUAUCUUAUAAGGUAGAGUAGAAUUUAAAAUAUGUUAUCAGGAAUAUUUUUGAUUUCAGAAUGUUUUUUGUACAGAUAUCAUUAUAAUUUAAGUGGUUAAAACCUCAGGACACCAACUAGAUCAGACAUGUAUUCAGUAAAUUAGAUCAAGAGUUCAAACUGAUUAAAAUAUAUAUCACCCACCAGCUAACCUUUUUCUUUAUUCAAAUUAUUGAGUUAAGAAAAUGUUUGAGAAAUGAAAACUUGAUCAGUGUAAAAUUUCAAAUCACUGUCUGAACUGGUAAAUGUUAUAGAAAUAGAAGCUGACACGUUUUGAAUUUUAAACCACCGCCAAUUAACUUUUUUUAUCCUUCUAAUCUAAAAAAUCAUGUACAAUUCUCCACACAUUUUUUAACCAUAUGAAUUUAUGAUGCCAAUGUUUAAUGACAUCCCAUUGUGAAUAAAAUAUCAUAAUUUUGCCAUCACACAUGUAAAUAUAAAUCAUCUAUGCAGCUUUACAUUAUCAGAUUAUAAUUUGAUCAAAUCUGUGAUAUAUGAUAUAAAAUUCAGUCAAAAUAUUCUCCACAAUGGGUAGUAAUAUAUGCGGGUCCUAUGUAAAUAAUUAGCUUAAUUCUUGUAAAUAUUGAUACUUGAAGAUAACAAAGUCUCUACUAACAUCAGAAGAUAUGAGACUCAGAGAGUUGAGAAAUACAUCUUUGUAAAUACUGCUUUAAAGAUUGGAUAAAAAUAUAAGAAAGAAGAGAUUUGUUCAUUUGUAAUAAUAAUUAAGGUGCUGUGUUGACUAUUUAUAGAACUUGGGUAAAUUUUAAUUUUUAAAUUCAUAUAUGUUCCAGAAAAUAUCCUGAUUUAAUAUAUCAUCAUUUGUACGUUUGGCACAUGAAACAAUAUAGAGUAAACGAAAAUAAUACUUUGACAUGAUUCACUGAGAUCUGUCAGUGGAAAUCAAAAGGCACUUCUCAGAUAAGUUUUGUAGUCUAUGGAAUUGACUAAGGUUUUAACACAGUCUAAAAUAUUUUUCUACGUUUGUCUUUUGUCAAAAUUUCAAAAAGUGUAGGAAUUCAGGAUAUUCAUGCAAUUGAUUCACUGAAUGGGUAAAGAAGUCCCAAAGGCGACCAUAAAGGAAAUGUUUCGGGCAAAAAAUUCCAACCUGUCUUUCUUAACAAAUUUGAUGGUGUAUUGACAUUCUUCUUCAAAAAGGAAUAAGACUUCUUCUAAAAAAGGCAUAUGAUUUCAUAAACAAUAUAGUGUUUAAGACUUUAAGUGGUUAAAUUUAAAGAUAUUUUUAUCCAAUCUUUAAAUCAGACUUUAGCUUCAUCAACUUGGUAAAAGAUCUCAGUCUUAUUUGUUUGGUGCAUACUUUUAGUGAGAUCCAGAAAUGUGAGAAAUAGUUAUGUGGUCAGGAAACGUCUGAGAGAAUUCUGUUAAAAUGUGAAAAUGUAACAUUGAGUGAAUAAUCUUAACAUUAAACAAAACUUUAGCAAACCAACAGUCAUUUUGAAAUGUCCAAAUUAUGUAAUGCAGAUUUUUUUUUUACAUUUUAAGAAUAUCAUAUAUUCUAUUAUUGCAUGUUCCAUUUUUUAACACAAAAAAAAAUCAAAAAAAGAUAUUAACAAAAACAAAAAAUUAAUUAAAAUCAGAAACUAAUGUGAUAAAAAAUGGAAAAUAGUGAAAUCGUAUAAAAAAAAAUGAGAAAAAAAAGUUAAAAAUGUAAUAAAAAGCCCAAAAUAUUGUCAUAGAAUUUAAACAUAUGUGUUUUUUUUUAUAUACAUACACACUCACACUUCUGUCUACACCUUACAAGAAAGAUAUCAUAUUGGACUACCAAUACUUCAAUAUGAGCAAACUGUUUAACAACUUUUACAUGCUAAAUUACUUUUUAGAGUAAAUAAAAAUUCCUUGUCUUGCCAUAGAUACCAAAAUCACAGUCAUAUUUUAUUUAACCAUAUUUUGUCAAAUCAUAGCCAAAACUUGUGUAAAUCAAUUCAACAUUAAAUUUAAUAUGAUAAUUUUUUUAAUAACCACUGUCUAAGAGGGAUUCUCCUUAGACCUUCAUUUUUAGAAACACUAGGUUUUCUCUCAGAUAUAUCAAAAAUAAAAUUCUCAGAAUUAUUUUGGAUUAAAAAGAUAAUUAUUUUUUAUUAUAGUUAAAUUUGAAACAAAUUUGUAGUCAUGUAUUGUUGGUUUUUUUUUUUCAUUGAAAAAAUGUAGUACUGUUAUUUUGUCAGAAUCUUCAAAAAUGUCGGUCUUAUCAAGUUUGAAAGUCUUAAACUGAAUUUUGAUCAGCAGUAGAUUUUAGUCAUUUCUAUUGGGGCUAAUUCUGUACCUCUUGAUAAAGUGAUGUUAAUUUGUGUAUGAUGUUGUGAGAGAGAUAUUAGGAAAUAACUAAAUGUGUAUUUUAUUGUUAACACAACAAUAAACUUGUUGCAGUUUA